AUGACCCACAACCAAUCAUCGUCCUCCCACCGCCUAAGCGAGCCACACUCACCCGAAACCACAAAUUGUGAAUUUCCACUCAUCGACCACUUUCGCCCACAGUCGACACCGAACCCUUUCAAGAUGUCCAACGUCCAGCAGACCGGAAAGAAGCAGCGCUCGGCCAUUGCCGACGUGGUGUCCCGCGAGUACACCAUCAACCUGCACCGCAGAUGCCACGGUGUUAGCUUCAAGAAGCGCGCUCCUCGUGCCAUCAAGGAGAUCCGUGCUUUCGCCGAGCAUGCUAUGGGCACCAAGGAUGUCCGCCUCGACCCCCAGCUUAACAAGAAGGUCUGGGAGGCCGGUAUCAAGGGUGUUCCUUUCCGUCUCCGCGUUCGCAUCUCCCGCAAGCGUAACGAUGAGGAGGGUGCUGAGGAGCGUCUGUACUCCCACGUCCAGGCUGUCAACGUCAAGAACCCCAAGGGUCUGCACACCGCCACCGUCGAUGACGCGUAA